AUGCCGGUGGGAGUGCAGUGUAUUUCUAUGGAGAAAGCUCCAGAUAAGGGAGAGAGGAGUGUAGUGGGGAAGAUAUGCUCUGAAAGGAAGAUAGGGAGGGAGGUGGUUAGAUCUACAAUGGAGAAAAUAUGGAGGGUGGAAAGACAUAUGGAAUUUCAGGAAAUUGGGAAUAACAGUUUCAUUAUUACAUUUUCAUCAAAGAAGGAUAAGGUGGAAGUUAUGGGAGGCUGUCCCUGGUUGUUUGACAACUAUUUGUUUGUGUUAAAGGACUACAAUGGUAAUACACAACCACAUCUAAUAAGCUUCGAUAAGGUUAGCUUCUGGAUUCAUAUGCUUAAUUUGCCAUUAAGUUGCAUGAAAAUUGAGAUGGGGAAGCAGAUAGGUGAUUCUGUAGGGUUGGUUAGAGAGAUUGAUGUUCAGGAGGAUGGUGUAGCUUGGGGUAGAGUGCUGAGGGUAAGAAUUGAAUGUGAUUUGAAGCAGCCUUUGGCCAGGGGUCGAACUAUUGAUGUGGAUGGGAAGAGGAUGUGGAUUCCUUUCCAGUAUGAAAAACUACCAAAAUUCUGGUAUUAUUGUGGUAGAAUUCCACAUGGAAAGGGGGGCUAUGGGGAAGAACAGAAGGGAAGGCAAGGGUCAAAGGGAGGGGACUUGCAAUAUGGUGUCUGGAUGAGAGCUAUUCCAGGGGAUUGUAGAUGGAUGGAUAGGAAGAGAGAGUCUAUGUCUACUGAAUCUGGAAGUGAUGAUACUCAUGGAUCAUUCACAGGUUCAAAAGAUGUGGGGGUCUCUAUGGAUGGACAGGAGAGGGAGAAGGAGGAUGAAGGGAGUAAUGUGGAAGGAAAAGGGGUGGAAGGGAGUGUGGGAGGAAGUGGGGAAAAUAAUAUAAUAAUUCAUGAGGUAGUGAAAGAGGUUGAGAGAGUGGUGGGGAAGUCUAGUCAGAAUGAGGAGUAG